CUUUUCUUUCGAUACCACGUCCCUAUUCGACGACAAAAUGACAAACACGUCCAUAUACGUGACGGAUUUGGUUUGUCAAACGCUAUUUGAUGACAAGUUUGACGACAUCGUUCCGUGUAUGGGGCGUUUAAGUUAACUGUAAUCAAUGUAUCGACAAUUUUAUCAUUGACUAAAUAGUCCGAGAAUUUCAUUCAUAUUCUCUUAUCUAGCUCUUAUCACUCGGCAAAAUAACUGAAUUGUAAUAAUAUAAUUCGCAGAUUAUAUUAGGUCUUUACACCCCAUGUAGUCUCGAAGUCCUACGAAACCAAUCCGGUCUUUUGCUGUUAAUUCAUUUUUUUAAUUUUUACAAUUGUUUUAUUUUUACCGAAACAUGUUCCCGACGAAAUGUUUGGCUCAGCAGUGUUUCAAGUUAGCUAGAUUGUCACAUUUAAAACCGGUUAAAAUUAGUUUUCCCAUCGUUUUUCGUCAUUACAGUAGUGUUUACGAACCAGAAUACCUGGACAGUUUAAAACCAGAUAUUCCAGAAUACGAAGAAAUAAAUGUUCAGAUCAAAGGUUAUGAUUUUGCUGUAUUAGAAUCUUUUCAAAAAUUUGUUCAUACUACUGCUGAAAAUAUGAAUAUAGAAGUAUCCGAUGGGUGGGCUUUACCUCCUCAAAUAAUAAAUAUUAAAAGAUUUACUCAAAACAGUGAAAAUAUAGAAGCUCAAUUUACAUUAAAUGUAUAUGAACGUAACAUACAAGUAGUUGAUGUUCCUACAAAUAAGCUUUCUUUGCUUAUUGAAGUAAUUGAAGAUUCACUACCAGCAGGCGUCAAGGUAUCAAUUCACAAACAUACAGAAGAACACGAGGUACUUAAAUAUAUACCCGACAAUGAGUUAAAAAUGUUGAAAGAUCAAUUGGAAGAUAUGGGUGGAGCUAGGAAGAAAAAGUGAUCAAUUUUGUUAUUCAGUUAAUAUUUAUAAUACUAUGUAGUGCCUAAUAUAAAUAAUACAACUUUUUUUUUUU